UUUUUUGCCACCAUCUCCGUCCUGUAUUAGAGGGACCUCUUUUUACUUUUCCAAUCUUUUUGAGGGAGACAGGGAACGACGGAUUGAAGCAUCAUGUUGGUCGAGAGGAAAAUCAAGGUGGUGACGGAGCAGCACGUCAUCGACAAGCCUUCUCCCGUGGCCGAGUUUCCCAUGCGGCAAUGGAGCUUGCGGCUUCACCUGCUGGAUGAGGAGGGCAAUGAGCGGCCUGCCGAUGUCUUCACCAAGGUCGUCUACCACCUGCAUCCCACAUUCGAGAAUCCCGUCCAGACCUUCACAAAGCCUCCCUUUGUCUGCUCCAACGAGGGCUGGGGUGAGUUUGAGAUCGGCAUCGACCUCUACACCACGGAAAAGACCAAGCUGGCCCCCAUCAUCCACGACCUGAACUUCGCCCAGGAAAGGUACGAGGUCACGCACACCGUGGUCUUCAAGAACCCUUCUCAGGCACUCCAGGAGCGGCUGCGCGAGUCGGGCCCGCUGCCUUCUGACGAGGACCGGCCCAAGAAGAAGGGCAUCGCCGGCAAGAAGAGCGCCCAAAAGUACGACUACGAGAAGAUUGCCGACGCUCUUGAGAAGCUUGAGGAGGAGGAUCUGCUGCGCGUCAUCCAGCUGAUCAACGAGAACAAGACGCCGGAGACGUAUAUCCGAAGCGACGUCGAAGCUGGCGAAUUCUCCAUCGAUCUGUACACCAUGCCGGAUACCCUGACGACCAAGCUUUGGGAUCACCUGUUGAAGAAGGGUCUUGUCGCCUAGAUGGUGCGCCUCUGAGUGCCUCCCACGACCAUGAAUGCAGGCGGCCGCCGUCGAGAUGAGAGUAGCAAUGUCUUUGAUUUCCUUUGUUUGUCACGGCAGGGAGCAUUAUGAGAAUACGCACAAAGGGCCGAUCGAUACGACGGAAGUAAUUGGUUAUAUGUACGCAGAGGGUACGGCUUAAACGACGACCGCGAAAUCGGUCACGUCUUUUUUACCGUCGAAUCUACUCGACACUCU